CGCGUGCAAUGGCUCCGAAACGCAAGAAAGUCUGUAUUCCACUUAAAACAAAGCUUGAAGCUCUUAAACGCAUUGAUAAAGGGGAGUGUCAUAAAAAGGUCGCUGCCAAGUUUGGCGUUGGACGAGUCACCGUCGGUGACUGGAUACGCAAUCGUGCGAAAUUAAAGGCAUGGACGGAAAAGUCGAAAACCCCUAUUGAACGUAAAGCAAUGAAGCUUACAGAACACACGAAAGUGGAAGAAGCCUUAUUUUUAUGGUUUCUGCAACAAAGGGAAAAAGGCGCUCCGAUUACGGGAUCGAUAUUAAAGGCAAAAGCCUUGUCACUAUACUCGCAUUUGCCAGAGGGAACUCAGGAGGAAUAUUUUGCAGCCAGCAAUGGCUGGCUUGAUAGAUGGAAAAAGAGAUAUGGUAUACGACUUAUGCAAUUUAACACUCGUGGAGAAAAAUUCUUUGGAGAUGAUGACGCAGUGAGCGGUUUCAAUGAAAAAUUUAGAAGAACGAUCGAUAAAGGAGGUUAUAGUUUAGAACAGAUUUAUAACUGUGACGAAAUAGGUUUGAAUUACAAAAUGUUACCUACUAAAAUUCUGGCGUGGCAUGAAGAAUCAUUAGGUCCAAGUAACAAUCGGAACAAGGAAAAAAUAACCAUAUUAGCAUGUAGUAAUGCUACUGGUAAUCAUAAAAUACGUCUUAUGGUCAUUGGAAAAUACGCAAAUCCUCGAGCAUUACAACAUCUUUCAUCUUCACAAUUGCCGGUUUACUAUAAACACCAGAAAAAUGUAUGGAUGGACCCUAUGCUCUUUAAAGUGUGGUUCCAUAAACAAUUUGUGCCAAAGGUUGAAAGACAUUUGAAGAAGAUGAAACUUCCGAGGAAGGCCAUUUUGUAUAUCGAUAAUGCACCUGCACAUCCAAACAUAGAUACACUACACAAUGGCGAUAUCAUUGCGAAAUUCUUCCCAACUAACGUGACGUCAUUGAUCCAGCCCAUGGAGCAAGGUGUUUUCUUAAACUUAAAGCGGCUAUACCGAUUUCACCUCUUAACAUUUCUUUUAGAGGCACGUGAAAACGGUCAAACAUUGAUCGAGAGUCUCGAGAAAAUCAAUUUGAAGAGGGUGGUGUUUUGGAUAUCUCAAUCAUGGAAGGAUGUAGAACAAGAAAUUUUGAGAAAGUCGUGGCAUAAGAUUGUCAAGCAAGAAGAGGAGUUAUUAGAUGCCGAUCUUCGUAAACAAGAAGCAGAGGAGUCACGAGAUAAAUUAUUAGAAAUGGCAAAGAUUCUCCUUGGACCGGAACAAGUUAUGGAAACAAACAUUGAAGAAUGGAUAACAGGUGACGACAGAGAAUUAGAUUAUACGGACGCAGAGAUACUGGCCAUUGUUGGACAAAAAUCUUCGGAAGAGUCAUCGUCUGAAUCUGACGAAGAGCUGGUUGAGCCGGUUCAGCUUACGCACAAAAUUUCUCACUCAGAUGCUGUGUCCGCUCUUAAACUUGCGUUGGCGUACAUAGAACAACAAGAUGCACACUCGUCCGACGUGUUCACGAUGCAAAAGUGGCGAGAUAUUGCAGCGAAAAACAGAUCAGCUUCACGAGUCCGAAAAUCUAAAAGAGCUUCUAAAUCAUAAAGAAUUAUCCAUCUACGAGGAUCGUUCGAUAAGUUUAUGCUAAGUCUAAAAUACAGCACCACCAGUACGUAUCGAGAUUAUUUUUAGUAUUCGGCAACUCUUUUGGAGGACAUCGAAUUUCAGUGAGAUAGAUCUAUUACUCUGUGUUUGGCAA